UGCAUGUGAGUCCAGUCUCAACUCUCAAGCCUAUAAACCACAACACACAACCUGCGUAAGCGCAUAAAAAACGGUGCGAUCUGAAGCAAGUAUGGAGGUAGACUCACACAUCCGUUCAGACACGGCGCAGGUGGGGUUUCCGUCACAUACCGAUGUUGCGGUGAUUGAGACCAUCCGCAAGCAAUUCGAUUUCUACUUCAGUGAUGCAAACCUGGCGAAGGAUCAGUUCCUCAGGCAACACAUCGUGCGCUCGUUGCACGCCAAGAAAACACACAGGCGACUCGCAGUGCAAGGAGACCUGUCGAAAAAUGGCGAAGAAAUUGAUGUUCGGGGGAUGAUUGAUCUGCGAGUGGUUGCCGAGUUCAACCGGAUCAGGCAACUGACAAGAGAUUUCAGGUGUGUACGAGAGGCUGCUAGACUAUGCACGGCACUCACGAUAGCGGAUGUGAUUGUUAUAGAUAGAACCGGUCACCAUGACACGCGCAACUCUGAAGGAGCCUUACACACAGCAGACACAGCACAACACAAGAAUGUGGGCGAGAGUAUGGAGGACGACGCAGAGAAGAUCGACAGCGAUGCAAGGGUGGAUAGUACUACGGGAAAACGGAGAGUCAUGACAUUAAUAGGACUAGUGCAGCCUCUACCCCCUUUCCAACUGCAGGCCGAUGAUAAGCGGUCGGUGUAUGUUGAAGGCUUGCCCAACACAUCGGAUCACAAUACGUUGCGAGAGGCCUUCGGCAUAUACGGCUCCGUUACGCACGUGAGCAUCCCGCGCUUCAAAGACAGGUCCAUCAAGGGCUUUGCCUUCAUCGAGUUUGAGACAGUGGAUGCGUCACAUGCCUGCGCGAAGAAACUGACAAAAUACAUGCCCCCGCGUAAUGCGAUUGGUCCGGACGGCGACAGACAUAAGGGAGCGCCAGUCAUCUUACAAGCCAUUCUGAAAGAGGAGUGGUCACGGCUGAAAGCCGCCUACAUGAAACUACAGCAGGAAGCACUCGGGAAGCUCAAGAGAUACCAAGAAGCAAACAAGUCCAGUGCUGAUGCAGCCAAUACGCAUAACAAUACGCAGAAGACAUCCGUACAACCUAUUGAGAGUGCGUAUAAGGGGUCUCUGAAAAGAGAUAGAAACAGUGACACUCCCGGAAGGACAGGGGAUGGCAUAGAUACAGGCGCAAGCACACGAACCGCUAACGAGCCGGCUUACACAAAAGGACUGAUUGUCCGAUUGAACAAUGUUAACCCCAACACGCGGAAGAAUAAGUUGAAGACAGCCUUCGAGGUCUACGGGGACGUAGCCUUUGUCGAUUUUACAGUGGGGAAGACUUCGGCCUUCAUCCGGUUUACCAAUCCAAAGCACGUGCAAGACCUGCUGACGAACUUCAAGUCGGUGCCGGAGAUACAGGACGAUGGUAAAGAAGUGGUUGUAAGCUUACUGGACGGGGAAUUCGAAGCGCAAUACUGGAGUAAACUAGGCCCUAAGGCCAAAGCUGCCGCCAGACAGGUGAAGGCAUCAACUGAAGUAACGAGUGAGGAGAGCUCAGUAUCAAAGGAUGCAGCUGUAGCCCGAACAUUCGGCAAUGCAGAUAACGUUCAAGGGGAUGAAAACGCAUCGAGAAAACGUGUAAAGACCUCGCCAGCACGUGCGUCAGUGGCAGAAACAGCAACGGUGCAUGCGGAUAACAAACGACCGUUUAGUGACAUUGCGGAGGGUGCCACCUUGAUGGGGGGCCAAGGCAAGCGGAAGCGGAAAAAGACUCAAAAGCGCGUGCAUGUGAAGUUCGAUGAAGAAGAUAGCACACCAUCACAACAAGCUACAGCAGGUGACAAUCAUGCCAAUUCUGAUGACAAAGCUAUUUCUAAUACCGUGGAACUCGAGGAGGCUGGGAAGAAGCCGGUACAGCCCCCACAAAAAGGUGUUCAAAAAGGGGCUGAUACUCAUGAGACGUCAGGUGACGUGAUACAAAAAUCAGAGAUGGCGAACGAUCUAACCCGUCAAAUAAACUCUUGAUAAUGAGCAG